AUGUCCAUGGCCAACUUUGACCUUUCGGAUCUACAGUGUGCUAUCGGGAGCGGAUUAGAAUGCACAACAGUGUUGACUAACACGGGCUCCUGUGCAGCGGCGCAGGUAGUACAGCUGUACGUGCGAUACCCGCAAGCAGCGCAUGAGCCACCGAAGCUCUUGAAAGCUUUCGUGAAGGUCCAUUUGGAGCCCCAGCARUCACGUACGGUCCAACUUGAGAUAUCCGUCGAUGAUUUACGAGUGUGGUCUGCAAGCGAAAAAGCCUGGUCACUCGUUCAGGGUAACUACACGCUUGUUGCUGGCUUCUCCGCAACGGACCUUUUCACAGAGGUGACAGUCAUGUUGUAG